AUGGCAUCCUCAUCCCGCUCCACCGGGAAACGCCUCCCAAUAAGUUGCCAAGCCUGCCGAACGAGAAAAAUCAGAUGCUCGCGCGACGGCCGACCGUGCCAAACCUGCAUCCGGCGUGGUCUCGGCGCGGAAGACUGCGUCUACCUAGGCCAACCGCGCCUCUUAACCGAGCAAAGUUCUCCAGCCGAUCAAACCGUCCAAAACGAGCUCAUCGCCCGCAUCCGCAAUCUAGAAGGCCUGCUCCAAAAACAAGUCUCCUCCCAAGCCAGCACGCCCGUCGCCGGCGCCACAUCCCCGCAGGCCCCCAGUGCUUCCGGCAGCUUUUCCGAACCAGACUUGGACCCCUGGGGAAGUCCUAUGCUCGGGAAUGUUGGGACGCUGCAGACAAGUCCGUCGGGUCAUGUGCGGUAUGUGCCAAUUGCGUCGCAGUGGGAGUCUGUUGUUUCGAAGGGUCCGGCUGCGGAGUGUUUGCGGAGUUCCGAGGCGGAUAUCGCGGAUGAUGAUGAUCUGCAGAUCCCGUUGGCGAGGAAUGGUAUUGUCUCGCAUGCGGAGCUUUUGGCGUUGUUGCCGCCCAGUCGGUAUUGUGAUAGUUUGAAGGAGGUUUAUUUUCGGGUUUUCUCGCCGGUCUUCCAUAUCUUGCAUGAUUUGACCUUCGAAGCAGAGUACCAGCAAUUCUACCAUGAUCCAAUAAGUGUCUCGAAAUCAUGGCUGGCUCUACUAUUCGCAAUCCUGGCUAUUGCAGUCAGUGCCCUGGACGACGACGAUACUCUCCUCUCCGACCUCGGCCGCGAGAGAACCGUCAGUCGAAAUAUAAAAGUCCUCUCAGCAAGAUAUCGCUCCGCAGCCCUACGCUGUCUCGCCGCCGACAGCGUCAUGACCCGCCACUCCAUCAAUUCCCUCCAGGCCCUGAUCUUAAUUAGCUACGCCCGUCUGCACCGCAGCCUCCCAUUCUGGACUUUACUGGGCUUCACUCACCACGUCGCCAUCUCGAUGGGCUGCCACAUUGACCCAGAAAGAUUCCUUCUGGGCCCAAUCGAGCGCGAAGAACGCCGCCGUGCCUGGACCGGCCUAGCGAUGCUCUACACCAUCCAAAACACCUCCUUCGGCAGCCUGGACCAACAAAUGAUCUCACAAGAUGUCAAGAUGCCCAUCGACGUCGACGACGUCGAACUCCUCACCGGCUCAGGCAUUCCGACAAACGACCUCACCUCCUCUCCAUCUGCAGCUCGCCCAACCCAAAUGACCUACCUCCUCCUCUCCUCCCGCCUCUACAAAAUCUCCACCCGAAUUAGCGAAAACAUCUUCACAUCCCCGCACUCCCGCUUCAGCACCCCCCAGCUCGAAAGCGAGCUCUUCGCUGUGCGAGAAAUCUGCGACGCACGCUACAGCAGCGGGGACGCCCUCCCAACCCACCACCAAGCAAACCUCAACAUCCUCCACAGCCAAAUCCACCAGCUUUUCCUGCUCCUCCUCCGACCAAGACUCGCCCGCUUCCUACAGGGGGAAAUUACCCCGGAGACCUGCGCGUCUAGAGCAAAGUGCAUGGCUUCGGCCAAGGCUUCGUUGGGGGUGUUCCAGAAUAUGCUUGAGUCGCCGCAGUUUGCGUCGUAUAAGUGGUAUACGAGUGGACUGGGCAGUUUUCAUGCGUUUCAUGCGGCUGUUGUUUUGGCGGUGGGUUUGCUGAAUCCGGAGUCUCCGACCGAAUUUGAGGAAAGUAAGGAGAUUCUGGCGAAAGCGCUGGAUUUGUUUGCAUCGUUGUCUGUUAGAAGUGUUUUUUGCAGUAAGGCUGUGCCGGUUGUGCGGCAGAUUAUUGAUGUUGCUUCGACUCAAUACGCUCAGAUACAGCAGCAGCAGCAGCAGCAACAGCAAGCAGCUGUCACGCAAGGUCAGCUCCAGCAGACCCAGCCUCAAAUGUUCUCUACUCUCCCGCCGAGCAUGUCGUCGGUGACUAUUCCGGAUACUUAUGUCCAUUCUCAUUCGCAAUCUCAUUCUCCUGUUCCGACUGUUUCAUCGUCGGCGAGUGAUCCGACCAUGCAUUCGAGCUUCGGGGUCCAUCUUCAUCCGCAGAAUUGGCUUGGUCCAACUUCUGUGCCGUGGGAUACGCUUGGUGCUUCGGUUGGUCAGUAUGGGUUUGAGUCGGAUGUUAUGUAG